AGAAGCGAUGGCCGCGAAGGUGCUCUCUUGGCUCCCGUAGCAGCAAAGCAACGGUCACCUGGGUCAGCCUUCUUCUCUCCCGUUGAUUAGUAGGAUGAAUAUCAUUACGGCGAGGAGAGAGAUCGAGAACAGAGAAGGAAGGAACGCGAGAGGUCGUGGCGUUGUGAUUUCGGGAAGUCUUCCGUCGAUUUGGCGUGAAUAUUGAGAAGGGGACUCUUGGAGAUUCGAUGCCACCAUCGCUGUUAUGGGCGCGCCGCUUACUUUCGGUGCUGGUCAUCGUCUUCUUCCUUGCGCAAGCCGCCCAAGUCGCUGCACUGUGCCUCCCGAACCAGAGCUCGGCGUUGCUCGAGUUCAAGCAGGGCCUUGCGCUCCCUCAGUCCGAUGCCCUCGGCUCUUGGAGAAACGGCACCGAUUGCUGCUUCUGGUCUGGCGUCACCUGCAAUUCAUCCACCGGCUUCGUCAUCUUUCUCCAGCUUAGCGGCGUUACGGCCUCCUCACCGUCUGCCCGGACUCGGCCGAACCCCAACAAUUUCAGCGGUUCCCUGUUUGACCUUCGACACCUGCGCCUCCUAGACCUCAGCUAUAACCAGUUCGAUGGGUUGAUUCCUUUCAGGUUGGUGGAGCUCAGGGAGCUCGCCCAUCUCAACCUCUCCAACACCGGCUUCUCCGGCCAGGUCCCCUCACAGAUUUCUCAGAUGACGUGGUUGGUGUCCCUCGAUCUCUCUGACUCCUACCUCAGUUCCCAAUCGCUGAAGCUUGGGAAGGCUGGUUUCGUUGAUCUCGUGACGAAUCUCAGCCAUUUGACAGAUCUCAGACUGGAUGGCAUCAACAUCUCCAUGAGCGGCGACGAAUGCAUCUCUGUCCUUGCGUCUUCGCUGCCGAACCUCCGGAACCUCAGUCUCUCCAGUUGCUCGAUCUCCGGACCUAUGAACAGGUCGGUUCUGGGGAUCAAGUCGCUCGCGCACCUCGAUCUGAGUCGCAACAAUAUGUCGGAAGUCCCGGACUUCUUCAUCAAUCUCACGUCAUUGCGCUAUCUGGGGUUGAGUUCGUGCUCUCUGCGGGGGACCUUGCCUGACGGCAUUUUCAAGCUGCCUUAUUUGCAGCAUCUUGACAUCAGCAACAACCCGAAUCUGCACGGCUCUUUUCCGCAAAAGCUUCCCGCGAAUAGCGGCUUUCUGACUCUUAGUCUUUCAUCCACGAAUCUGAGCGGGACGAUCCCAGAGUCGAUAGAAAACCUCAGGGAGCUGAGGAUAUUGACGAUGAGCAGCUGCAAUUUCACGGGAGCGAUUCCUUCGUCAUUCUCCAAGCUCACCCGGUUGCGGAUCAUGGACAUGUCGUUCAACGGUUUUACCGGCCCGCUUCCGUCACUCAAUGCGAGCACAAUCACGGAGAUAGAUCUCUCUAUGAAUCGUUUGUCAGAACCUAUACCUGAGUCCUUUAGUGAGCUGCACGGCCUGACGACACUGAAGCUCGACAACAACCUCCUGACCGGUUCGAUCCCCUCAGCCCUUCUUAAUCUUCCUUCUCUGAAGACGGUGGACCUCAGCAACAAUAACUUGACAGGUUCUAUCUCUCAAUUCACCAAUGCGUCCUCUUUGUUGGAGACUCUUGACCUCAGCAACAAUUCCCUGAUUGGCGUGAUACCAUCUAGUAUCAAAUCCUUGUCUCAACUCAAGGUCAUCGUGCUAUCCUUCAACAAAUUUAGUGGUACCGUCGACAUCUCUCUGUUCAUGGGAAUGAAGAACCUUUCGAAGUUGGGUCUUUCUGAAAACAGGCUAACUUUAGCAGACGUUCCACGUAGUCCUUCGGAUGCAGUGCCGCGACUCACUACUCUGCAGUUGAGUUCAUGCAACAUUCAGAUAUUUCCGGAAUGGCUCCGUUACCAAGCCAAUCUGACCAUCCUUGACCUCGGCAACAACAAGAUAACUGGCUCGAUACCAUCAUGGCUCUGGAGCGUGCGGAAUCUCCAACAUCUGAAUCUAUCUCACAACAUGCUAACCGGUUUGGAGAAGCCGAUGGAUAUUGGUAACAGGAACUCCUUAGUCAUGUUGGAUCUACAUUCCAACUUCUUAGGCCCGGAUCUUCCUCCAUUUCCCCCCAACGCAAUCUUCCUGGAUUUUUCAUCCAACAAGUUCACAUCAUCUAUCCCUUCGAGCAUCAAUUCUCCCUUCCUUUUAUACCUGUCCAUCUCCAACAAUAGUAUGGAAGGCACGAUUCCGGAAUCUCUGUGCAAGUCAGCCAUACUCAAUGUGCUUGACCUUUCCAAUAAUGGUCUGGUGGGUUCAAUACCUUACUGUCUUACUAAUUCGAGCGAGUUGUCCAUACUGAACCUGCGCGAAAACCAACUGACGGGCACAAUCCCUGAUGGUUUCGUCGUUAAUUGCAGCUUAAGGACCCUCAACUUGAGAGGCAACCGGCUAACAGGGGGAUUGCCGGCAACACUAUGCAACUGCAGCUCCUUGGAGGUUUGGGAUUUAAGCAAUAACAAUUUGACUGGUGGAUUUCCAACUCAACUAGGUUGCUUGAACAACUUGCGGGUGCUUGCCUUGCGUUCAAACAAAUUAAAUGGUCCAGUUGUCGCACCGGUAUCUAACAAGAAGCCAUUUCCCCAGCUGCAAAUCAUCGACAUCUCUUGUAACAACUUCUCUGGGACUCUUGACCCUCGAUUUUUUGAGCUUCUGACGGGUAUGAUGAAGAAAAGUCGAAAUGGCACAGCAAAGCUUCUGGGUUUCCGAUUUCUAAUUAACAUCUAUUAUCAAGACACAGUGGCGGCUACAAUCAAAGGGGUGGAUUUUCAGAUGAUAAAGAUUAUGAACAUCCUGACCUCCAUUGAUCUGUCAAAUAACCACUUCUCCGGUGAAAUUCCAGAAGCGAUAGGGAAAUUUUCUGGCCUUGUUAUUCUAAACAUGUCUAGAAACUCUAUAAAUGGUUCCAUUCCGAAUUCCAUGGGGAAUUUGCUUCAACUAGAAUCUUUAGAUCUUUCUACUAACAGUUUAUCAGGUAACAUACCACAGGAGCUAGCAAAACUCACAUUUCUUUCAGUGUUAAACCUGUCAUUCAAUGAUCUUCAAGGAAAAAUACCUGAAACUCAUCAGUUUACUACGUUUGGUGCUGACUCAUUCAUGGGAAACCCUGGGCUUUGUGGGUUACAAAUUAAUAGGAGCUGCACAAAUGGUAAUAGAACUGGCGGACCUGUGGGCAUUGCUAGCAAAGGAGUGAAAGUGGAAUAUAUAGCUCCAGGGUUGGCUUUUGGAGCAGGAAUGGGUAUGUUUGCUAUUCCUGUCUUAUUUAUGAAGGAACAGAGGAAAUGGUACUUUGAUCAUGUGGACAGAGUGAUUGUAGCAUUGCUCUUCGUACCUGUCCACUGGUUUUGCAGAAAGUUCAAGGACGUGGGAGCGGUGGAGGAUAAUGACUUUGAUGACAAUGAUGAAGAUGACAAUGGACGUGGAGAAAUGGUGGAAAACAUAAGUGAUUUUAACCGCCAUUUUUGUGUGUUCUGCACAAAAUUGGAACGUGGUGCAACAACAGCAGUUCACAAAGAAUGUUCUUGCCUUCCCAACGAUAGCAUUCUUCUCCACCCUCCUUGAUGUACAAGCUGCUCUCUCAUGGUUUGGACUCUGGAUAUGUCUGAAGGUAUCCAUGGGCCCCAAAGACAGUUUGGGAACACAUAAGACUAGACGUGCCCCCAAGUUCUGGUGGACUCCAUUUAUUGAAUAUUAAGUGCCUGCAAUUUUGGUGGGAUUCCUUGUAUUGAACAGCAAGUUAUACGGAAGAAGUGGGAGUUUCGCUUCAUGUGUUGAGCUGCAUCAUCAUGACCUGAAAGAUGGAUUCUAAUCUCAAAAUCAGUUAUGGUCUGGUUGUGGCAAUGCUGAGUGAUCCCAUGCGUCUGGUCUUACUCCAUCCCAUGUCCACUUCACCUGUGCAAAUCUUGCUUUGGACGUGCAAUUACAUCUGUCGUAUAUGGUGGAUAGCCAACAUCAGAUCUGUGCAUUAAGUCCUUGCAGGCCUGUCAGGUAUCAAAUUGCCACGAGCCAUCUUCAGUUCAUGAAUUUUGUCCAUACUUGCUUCUCCUGUCUAGGAGACGCUGCUAUCAUGUGAUGCAGGUGUGCCUCUCUCUAAGAGAUCCAAACGUAGCUGCUUUUGUAUUGCACUGGUCCUUUUCAGCUUUAGCUUUGGGUGGUUGGCUGAUGCAGCUUUCAGGUCCUUUGCUGCUGUGAUGAUCAUAAAGCCUUUCCAAGAAUAAGAGACUUGCUUCAUGCAUGUCAACUUCACCUAAUGUUGUUCAUUUUGAUUUUUUUUUCCCCAUAUUUAUCGCACAGGUCAGAAGCUGGUUUAGUAUAAUGCCAAAUUUGCAGUUUUUAAAGCAUCAGUUCUUUGAAUGCUUUUAUAUAUAAAGAAGAUAUGAAGUCAAAUGUCACACCAUAGUCCAUUCUCUGGCAGUAAUCCAAUCUCUUUACUUUUAUAUCAAGCUAGGGUUGCUGGCUUUAUUGAGCUAUGGUCAGCUUGUGUUCUUCUCAUGCAAAUUAAUAAUGUCCAAGCGCAUGACAAAACAGGUUUAGCAGAUUACCAGCACAAGAAGCAAUUGUUUGGCGUACAUGGUCUUCUUUGGGGUCAUUGGCUAAGAAAGGAAACAUGUCAUGCUUGAGCAUUUUUGUUACAAGUGAUAGACUUGGAAUGGAAACCGUGAGGUGUAGUUUUGAAACAUUGAAACUGUGCUCUAGAUACUGCUCUCUGGGCCAUGUCAAAAUCUGUUUUAACACUGGAAUAAUGUAUUUUUAGUGAAUGGGCUACCUUGAGUUUCGCUGUUGCAGCUUGGGCUUUGAUGAGCUUGAUUUUUGUUAGUGUGCCGUUCUUCUUGGUUUGUUUAGUUCAUCUACCUGCCUGCCUUUAUGUGUAUUCUGAAUCUCUGAUGCAAAGGUUCCGUACAUUAUUUAUAGAAGUUUUAAAGAA